AUGGCAGAGCUUGGCCUAGCAGUUUUUGCAACCAUACCCAUUUGUUAUAAACAAGGAAAGACUCUGGUUCGUCUGUGUCAGCAACUUCAGGGAGCCCAAAGCAAGGUCGCUGAGAUAGCCCUGGACAUUGAAAGGCACUGGAUACAGACAAGAAUUCAAAUAGAAUUCCUAGAGAAUGUCAAGGACAGUUUAGAUGAAGACCUUCGAGACAUUCAGAAUCGGACACUUUUUGUUUUGAUCGAGAAGUUAAGCGCCGCCAACACCAAGUUGGAUAAAGUCUUUACUCGGACAGCAGAUGACGGAGCAAAACGACAGACGCUGAAAGUGAGCAAAUGGAGAUACAUUUUAUACAGAGAGGGUCUGGAGGAAGUGCUGGAGGACUUAAAAUCGUGGCAGGACAAGUUGUUCAACCCUAGUUGGUUUCUGACCAUGCGAAUCCAGAGCCCUCAGAUCGAUAUUGAACUUUCAAAUAGCCUAAAACUAUCCGAAGCAGAUAGGAGGCAACAAAAUCUACCAAACGCUCAAAGUCUCCGAAGAAGAGCCCUCAGGCAUAAUAAUUCUGAUCAGAAAGUGUUCUUGGAUAGCCGAGGUCUCGAUUCAGCUCAGAUUCUUGAUGUCCCAUUUUCAUCCGCGAAAUUUGCAAAACGGCCGGAAUCUUCACAGUUAUUUGUUGUUGAUACAAUAUCUGUAAACAAUUGGGUGGAUACUAGAAAACUGGUCAACGACAUCCGCGAAUUUGCAUCUGGCCUGUCUGAUGCUGAUCCAGCCAUGUUCGGAAUGCUUAACUGCUUUGGAGUAAUCCCAAAACCGAACCACACCCAACCAACCUCCUUCUCUUUCGUAUUUACAGCACCCAAGGAUUCUUCCGAGGGUACAAGUCUUCGAAGCCGCUUGAUAUCAAACCGACUGGACCACUCGUUAUCCGACCGAUUCCGGAUUGCCCAAGAACUUGUGCGAUCAGUAUUUUAUGUUCAUGUCCAUGGGUUCGUACAUAAAAACAUUCGACCAGAAACUAUACUGCUACUCAGUAAUGGGCAAGCAGACUUUGGCUCUGUCUUCCUAGUUGGAUUUGAUAGUUUCAGAAGAGCGGACGGCGAUACUGUGCGACUCGGAGACUCUUUCUUGGAGAAAAACCUCUAUCGGCACCCCCAGCGCUUAGGAUCAGUACCCGAGGAUCGUUAUAUCAUGCAGCAUGACAUCUAUAGUCUUGGAGUUUGUCUGCUGGAACUUGGUCUAUGGGACACCUUUGUGACCUACAAUGAUGAGUCAAAUAUUCCUCAUCUAUCAUCAAUCCUGAAGGUUGACACAGACCAUGUUGAGGCAGCCCGCCUUAAGGACCAUCUGGUAUCCCUUGCCGACGAAGUGCUCCCAAGACAUAUGGGAACUAAAUAUGCCCGGAUCGUGAAGACUUGUUUGACUUGUCUUGACGAAGAAAAUGCUGAUUUUGGGGACGAAAGGGAACAUCAGGAUAAAUCCGGAAUCCUGGUCGCUGUGAGGUAUAUAGAAAAGAUCCUUUUCCAACUUAACGAGAUAAAUCUGUGA